AUGCCUCUGAUUCGCCCAUCCGGCAAGUUUGUCGAAGAUGCAAAACAGCCAAACAUCCACCGCACCAAUCAUGAAGGGCGUGCGGAAUCCCCCCCGCUGUUUGUCAAUUCUAGGGCUAAGAAUAUAAUGAGAGGCCAGCGUCGGGCUGUGACAUCUGAGAUAUUUGGCAAUCGAACAGACACUGAAACCAGCAUGAACACUAAUGACCUCCCCUCCUCCCGGCUAGAGAAAGCUCUUCGGUACCUCCUGAAAGAUAAUAAUACACAGCAUCCAUCAUGCAGCCAUUGCACCCAUCAUAACGACCCCGAAUGGAUCCUGGAAUUGGAAACUUGGUCGCAAUUAGAGGCGUUCCGACAAGCACUAUGCCAGCGUCCUGCUCUCCCCAAGAUCCCUGCCGAAAACUUGGAAGAUAUUGAGGCUGUGAUCACAUAUCGCGAUAGCCACAAUCUCUUAACGUCCGCGAAGACCAUCUCACCAAGCGUGGUCUUAAAGUGCCAAGAGGAGAACCCAUCUUCCCUGCAGAUUUCCUGCUGGAAGGGAGACAUCACGGCCCUGAACGGACGUCACUGCAAUUGUCAACGCGGCGAACGCGCAACUCGAAGGAUGUUUCCGUCCGGCCCACCGCUGCAUCGACAAUGGCACUUAGAGCCGGUUGGAUCAGCUCAAGUGACGCCAGGUUUUCUGCUCCAAGCGCCAUGGGUUCUCCAUACAGUCGGACCGCAGAUGCGUCCUGGCACGAAGCCGCAGACCAAACACAGACAGCAACUUGCUUCGUGUUACAAGUCUUGCAUGAGUGCGACCGAGUCACUUCCCCCGUUGGCAGACGGCCGCAAAGUCAUCGUAUUCUGCUGUAUAUCGACUGGCUUGUUCGCCUUCCCCUCGGACAUAGCGGCUUCGAUCGCCGUGGACACGGUGGUCUCCUGGUACAAAGAACACCCGGACACGACAAUCACAGACGUUAUCUUUGAUACAUUCCUUGAAAAAGAUUGGACCCUUUACCAGCAGAUUCUUUCCGACCUCGAAGGCCCCGAGGUGACCCUACACAGACCUCAGCCGCUAGGCCUCCAACGAGCGAACCUCCCCAUCCCCAUUGUCAACCCCUCCAUCGCAAAAGCACGAAGCUGGCUUGACGAUGCAACCCAUCUCAUCAUCUCCGCAGGCGCAGGUCUCUCCGCAGCCACAGGACUAGACUACACCUCCACCUCACUCUUCGAAACACACUUCCCCGCCUUCAAAGCACAAGGCUUGAACAGGCUCUACGACACCUUCGGGUACGAUAACUGGACCAGCCCCGCGCAUAAAUGGGGGUACUAUAUCCUACACCUCAACCUCGUCCGCAACUGGCCCACAUCACCGCUCUACGGGACGCUCCGCGCGCUCGUUUCCCGGUUCCCACGUGAGAAUUACUUCGUUCGAACGACGAAUGCGGAUGGCUUCUUCGUGAAGAACGGCUUUGAUGCCUCGCGCGUGGCAACGCCGCAGGCGGAUACCGGUUUCUGCAGUGCUAUGCGAAGUGUCGCCCCGAUGCGGUGA